AUGGAUAAAGAAAAUCUCAAUGAAGAUGAAAUAAGUUUAAAGUUUAAUGCUUUAGCCUAAAAGUUGCAGGAAGGAAAGAUCGAAUUUUCAUAUUUAUUUAAAGAUUAAUGGAUAUCUUAAGAAGUGAAUAACGUAACAGUGACAGUAAACUCUAAAAUGCUGAGCUUCCAUUUGAUUGGUUCUGAUCGAUAUGGAACUUGGACCUAGAUGGGUGCAAUGACUGUUAGCAAGAGUCACCAAGUUGAGACAUUUUCAAGAAAAAUCUAUGAUGAUUAUAACCUUUAAGGAGGUAAUGUAUUAAUUUAUUAUGGAAAAUAUGAUGAAUAAAAUGAAACACUUCAUGGAAAUUGGUACUACUUGUAGGGUGAUUCAAGAGGAGAAUGGACUUUAAAAUUUAAAAGUCAAUGA